AUGACAACGACGGUGGAGGAAGUGUUCAGGGAAUGGAGGAUCAUCAGGAGCGCAGUCGAGCUCAGAGUCAGAAGGCUAAAAUGGUACAAGCGUUGGUCGCAGUUCCCGAACGACCACGAGGCAGUCAUAGCAGCAGUUUUCGGCACGUCUAAGAGUGACCAGAGCAUAGGGAUAAAGCGCACCAGCGAGCACAAGAAUAUCACACAGCCCACACCGUGGGCAAAACAGUAUUUGGAGGACAUGCGCCACCUUGCAAAUAAUGAUGAAGAAUUUCAGGAGUGGUACGAUAAACGGUCGAGCGACAUGAGUUUAUUUACAGAUGGGACCGAAGAAAAAGAGAAAUGGCUUAAGACUGACCCUUCAUACGAUUUGGAAGAAUUCAGAGCGUCCUGGGCGUCGGCGAAGAAGAAGAGGGCGGUGGAAGGAGCCAGCGGAGCGGACAGCAGCAGUGGGGACCAGCAGAUGCAUGGGAAAGGAGGAGGUGGCAAGGGCAGAGGGCACAAGCAAGUGAGAGCAGACAACGUCGCCGCAGCCCCAGAACUCCAGCAAGCCUUGGUCACUGUCCAGAAGCUAACCCUCCGCGUCGCAGCAGAGCAGAGAGACGCGUUCGGGGACGACGGGACAGAGGGAGAAGCAAAGAAAGUACUCGCGUCUUGGAUGGAAGCAGCAGGGCCAGAGGAGUACGGGAAAACAUGCGUGGACGAGUUUUUCCGGAUGUUCCGAUUGAGGGAAUGCUACAGCCCAGACGGAGCGCCAGAGCAGGAGCGCAAGGCAAAACUUCAGUACUCACUCAACAUGAGCCCCGACCUCAGGACGGUGAUCCACCUGGCCACGGGGCCCCCAGCUCAAGUGCCCACGGUCGACAUGAGAUCCUUCCAGAGCGCCUUCACCCUGGGGUUGAUCAAAGCGGGGGGAACCAAACCGACGGGAGCAGGGCCCAGGGCGGAGUUGGAGAGGACUGUGGAGCGCCAGCUGAGGAAUUUCCAGAGAGCAGCACCAGGUCGCAGGAACCAGAACCAGAAUGACGAUCUGAGCCGAGUGCAUGCUGCUCAGCAGGCCCACCUGUCGACGGGCCGCAUUCUGAGGGAUCAUUACUCUAUCAUUCUGGGGCAGUGCAGCAUGUUGAACAGCCAGCUCAGUUACAUCCAGCCCCAGAGAGACAAUAUCAUGAACCCAGUUGUGAAUGACACGCACUUGGAGGCAGACCGUGUCACCACCAGGCGCAACUUAGACAGUCAGAUAAGCUACCUGGCUGAUGAGCUGGAGCGUCUGCAUGGAAUCAUCAGGGUGCUGGAUGAGUCUGACUACGGAGUGCAGAGAUUCGACUGGGAGAUCUCGAGCAACGCGAAUGCGAAGAUGCUCAAGCAGCUCCAGGACUUGCAGCAUCAGGUCGCGAAGCUCAAAGGUCCUGCACCGCACACCUCGGGGAUCGACGUUUUCGCCUACCUCAAGAAGCUCAGGGUCGACAGUGCGGCCAUCGAUGCGGUUGUGGAAGCAGAGAAGAAGGACCCGCUCAAGGACAUGUCUGCUGGCCUUGCCCCAGCGGUCGAUGAGUCGGCGGAGGGCAGGGCUGCGCUGGAAAAGCUGCAGCAGCUGCAGCUCGAAGCUCAGGCCGCUGCUCGGGCCGCAGAGGCUUCUCAGGAUGAUGCUGGUGCUGCUGCUCAGCCUCCAGGUGCUCCAGGCGGAGGCGGAGAGAACGUCGCUGCCAACGCUGGAGACUCUGAUGACAUCGACAUGGGGCUGCUCGGAGGAGAGGACUUCGACGAACGGAAGCAGGCCUUCGACACAGCCACUGAGGAGCUCGAGGCAGCCAGAGGUGGACCGAAGGAAGAGCUGGACGCUGCAAAGCGUAAGUACCUCGCAGCUGCACAAGCUCUCGGGGCUCGGCAGCGGGGCGCCCUCGAGCGGCAGCAGCAGCAGCUGCGGGCCGAGGCCGCCAGCCAGGCCGAGGCCGCCCGGCACGCGGCGCGCCAGGACCCGGCGGCCUUCCUCGAGGGCCUCGGCCUGCGCGGCUCGAGCCAGCGGGCCUCCGACGGCGGCGGCGCCGCCCUGCGGAUCCAGGUGCACGGGCACCAGGAAGAGCAGCGUUGCACGUACUACCAGAUGAGGUGCACCCUGACGCGGCCGGAGCACGAGGAGCCUCUGAGCUGGCACUGCAAGUCGAGGCUCGUCGAUCUGCGCGAGCAGCUGUACGAGCUGGUACAGGAGGACAUGGGCUCGGAGUACGAGGCGGCCUUCGAGGACGCCCCCUUCGCGCUGCGGGGCGGCCUGCCCGGGACGACGGCGCGGCUCAGGAAAUGGCUGGAGGCUCUCGCGCGGUGCAUCAGCGCGGGGCAGCUGAGCCCGAUGACCUGUGCCAGCGCACUCUGCUUCCUGGGCGUCCCCACGGAGGCCGCGAACUGA